CGUACCUCUCCAGCGAACGCCAUAUUGCCCUCAGCUGGAGGAACACGGGAGGGUCUUGAGAGAAAUUUAAAAACACACGGCCAGUGUUUUCCUCUCCGAUCUACGAGCAAUGGACGCAAUGGCAAGCCCAGGCAAAGAAAAUUAUCGAAUGAAGAGCUACAAGAAUAAAGCCCUGAACCCCCAGGAAAUGCGGAGACGGAGAGAGGAGGAUGGCAUACAGCUUCGUAAACAGAAGAGGGAGGAGCAGCUAUUCAAGAGGAGGAAUGUGUGUCUGCCACCUGGUGAUGAGUCCAUGCUUGAAUGCCCCAUUCAGGACCCUGAUAUCAGCUCCACUGUACCUGUAUCAGGUGAAGGAGUUAUAACCCAAGACAUGAUUCAGAUGAUCUUCUCUGAGGAUCCAGACCAGCAGCUCAUAGCCACUCAGAAGUUUAGAAAGUUGCUCUCUAAAGAGCCCAAUCCUCCCAUUGAUGAGGUGAUCAACACAACUGGUGUCGUCAACCGGUUUGUUGAAUUCCUAAAAAGGAGUGAUAAUUGGACUCUGCAAUUUGAAGCUGCCUGGGCCCUGACCAACAUUGCUUCAGGAACCUUCCAACACACCAAGGUGGUCAUUGAGAUGGGGGCUGUGCCUAUCUUCAUAGAGCUGCUCAACUCCGAGUAUGAAGAUGUACAAGAGCAGGCAGUGUGGGCGUUAGGAAAUAUUGCCGGGGAUAAUGCAGAGUGCAGAGACUAUGUCCUGAACUGUAGCAUCUUGCCCUCUCUUCAGCAGUUGCUUGCAAAAUCAAACCGGCUCACUACCACCCGGAACGCUGUGUGGGCGCUAUCCAACUUGUGCAGAGGAAAAAAUCCACCUCCGGACUUUGCAAAGGUGUCACCGUGUCUGAGCGUGCUCUCCAGAUUGCUCUUCAGCAGUGAUCCUGAUGUUCUGGCAGAUGCCUGCUGGGCACUUUCAUACCUGUCUGAUGGACCCAAUGACAAAAUCCAGACAGUUAUUGACUCAGGCGUGUGCCGCAGGCUGGUGGAGUUGCUCAUGCACAGCGAUUACAAGGUGGUGUCCCCUGCACUGAGAGCAGUGGGGAACAUUGUAACAGGAGACGAUAUUCAGACCCAGGUGAUUCUGAACUGCUCCGCUCUGCCCUGCCUGCUCCAUUUACUUAGCAGUCCGAAAGAAUCUGUCAAAAAAGAGGCCUGCUGGACCGUCUCCAAUAUCACCGCUGGGAACAGAGUGCAAAUCCAGACGGUAAUCGAUGCCAACAUAUUCCCAGUGCUAAUCGAGAUACUGCAGAAAGCUGAGUUCCGUACCAGGAAGGAGGCCGCGUGGGCAAUAACCAAUGCCACCUCUGGAGGCACACCAGAGCAGAUAAGGUACUUAGUUUCUCUCAACACCAUAAAGCCCAUGUGUGACCUGCUGACGGUGAUGGACUCCAAGAUUGUGCAGGUGGCUCUAAACGGCCUGGAGAACAUCCUCAGACUGGGAGAACAGGAGUCUAAGCAGAAUGGAUCGGGCAUCAAUCCUUACUGCGCUCUCAUAGAAGAGGCUUAUGGCUUGGACAAGAUUGAGUUCCUGCAGAGCCAUGAGAACCAGGAGAUUUACCAGAAGGCCUUUGACCUGAUCGAGCACUACUUUGGGGCCGAGGAGGAGGAUGCAAGCAUCGUUCCGCAGGUGGAUCAGAAUCAGGGCCAGUACAUUUUCCAGCAGUCUGAAGGACCGAUGGAAGGCUUCCAGCUCUAAUCCGUAUCCCUCUGCUACUGGCCAAGCUUCAGGUCUUGCUUCCUCCAUCCUGCCUGGUGUCUCCUCUCCCUACUUCUCUGCAGCGCAGGACCUCAGCUCCAGCCUCGCUUCAAGACACAGAGGCCCGUACACGCUACUCACAGCAGAGAUGACGCCAAACCCUACCCACUAAAUCUUCCAUUUCCAUCUUGCCCAUAUCCCAAGCUCCAUUAUCAAGAGAGAAAAUCUGUGAGAUGGGCUGAGGAGAGCAAAGCUUAGAGUAGUUUAAGUCCUGUUGAGACUUAGAAAAAGCAUCUUGCUUUUGUUGUUGUUGUUGAUGUUAUUAUUUUGAUUAUAAGACAUUGGCACUGGUCUCCUGUAAAGUAAACUCCAUAUCCCCUGAGAAAUGUGAAACUACCUCUUCAAUCAGAAAACAAAGUGUGUGAAAAACACCCAGCCUUUAGUUCUGACAGUUCUUUUCUUUUGUGAAGUAAAUGCUUCUAUGCAAACAAAUAUGUAUUUUCGGCGUGACAGAAAUAACAUGACCAGACAAAGUAACCAAUGUAUUUGCAUUGGAUGAAUUCCCUCACUUUGUGUGCCAGCGCACUCACUGUUCAUGUCAUGCCAUGUUUGUCCAAAAUGCAUCCUGAGGGCAUAUCAUGCCUAGUUACACUAUUUAUUCUGGCAUUUUGUUAAAUAUCAACAAACUGCUGACCUUGGAGAUUUAGAGUCGUAUUUAUUGUGCUUUUUAGAAGGGAACGGUCUGUGGGGUCUUGCUGUUCAGAGACCAGCACAUGGCCUGCUUUCUCUUGAGCACCCUCUUUGCAAAUGCUAUCAAAGCGUUAAAAGCAUUGCAUGCAAUUAUUUAAGUGUGGUCAUGUGAUCACUAAGAUAGUUGUUUGUAUGUAUGCAUAUCAUUGGGUUGUCUCUGAUCUCACCUGGAAGGUGUUUCUUUUUGCUCUGUCUGGCUUUGAUUUAUUUAAUGUUCACAUGUUAGAUUUUGAAAAAUGUGUAUAUUAUAUAUACAUUGAGGGAAGAAGGAGGAUGUUUUUCUGUGAAAUGGUCUUGGUGUACAGUGAAAUACUAAUGUAAGGAAAAUGUCGUUCACAACUUUCUUCAUUCAAAGAGCUUUUCCUCAUAUGGUCCCUCCCCACAAGCGCUCAGAUUUCCUCAGCUAAGGAACUUAUGUUCUAAUUCUUGUAAUGAUAUAUCCUUUUUUUAACAUUCUUCAUAUGAAUUUACUUAGUAAGAUUGCCUUAGUAAUGAAACUUGUCUGGCAAAAAGUUCCUCUCUGUUUUCUGUUUUUGAUGUAAUUAUUUACAGUUCUGCCCAUAAAUGACUUGAAUCCAUUUUCCUGUGAUUGAUCCAAAUAAGAGUCAUAGUAAUGGAAAUUCAAUAUAUUAACAAAGGAAAACAAAUUGUAAGAUUGUAAAAUGAAAUUUUAUCAAGCACAUUCGAUUGUGUAUAGUUUUGUACAAUUUCUCAUGUUUGUACAAUGGUUUCUAAGUUGGGGGGGGGUUCUCGCAUCAAGAAAAGAACGUGUUUUAAGUUAUCAUUGGUACAAACCUGCAGUAUAGAGGAGAUCAAUGCUUUCCUCGAGGACAAAUGUUGAUAUUGUGUGAAAUGAUGUAGACAAAUAAACAGACAAAUAAAACGUUCUGUUACACAAUUAAA